AUGUUCGUAGAUGUUCUUCUGAAGUUUGGGGAUCAGCCUCAGAUAUUCCAGGAGUCUUCAGGUUUUCGGCAGAUAUGUCAAUCGGCUGAUCAAUCUUUCGAGCUAUGUUAUCAGUUCAUGUAUGUGGAACGAAAUGGGAAACGACCUCCACGGGACAUCUGGUCAUACAGGCAAACGGGUGUUGCGCACAAGUUCUCAUCUGAACGAUGUAGUAGUCAGGUUAUUGUGAUCCAUCCCAACGACGAGGCUGUGGCGCAGUCAAAGCUGGAAGCAAUGGUCGAGUCUUCGAAUACAGCACAGUUAACACAACAUCCAUUGACCGUCCAUCUCGUCAUCCUAUUGUCAUACCUGGCAAACUGGCAAGAUUAUCUAGAAAGCCUCGCUAGUGAUCUGGAGCAGAUACGACGACGCAUCGAUGUAGUCGCAAUCUGCGAGUCAGAUGCCAACCCUGCUAUCAACCCUGAGCGCCUCCAAAUGCUUCGGCACAUCGAAGACAAGAUAGCGUGUAAAGCAUGCAAAUGUCUCCGCAGCAACAUCGUUCUUGUACAGACCUUGACGAGCAUCAACACAGCACUUGCGACCAAUAUUCCGUCACUGAGAGAAUCGUCAAUUGGCGUACAUCGUGAACUAAAGAUCAUGGAGCAUCGCUUGGAAAGUCAUCUCAAUGUAGCAGAUACCCUGGCGCAACGCGUUCAAGCGACACUAGGUUUGCUUACCAAUCUUCUUGAUAUCGAGAAUCAGGCGAACUCCAGAGAGAUAAGCACGCGAAUACUGCGUUUGACACAGGAAGGUGUUGACGAUAAUGCUACCGUCAAGGUCAUCACUGUUUUCACUUUGAUAUAUCUACCUGCUUCAUUCAUGGCUUCAUUCCUUGGUAUGAAUCUUUUCGAUUUCAAAAGCGAAGACGGCUCCUUACAGGCAAGUCCUCAGUUCUGGAUUUUCGUGGUAACGACGGUGCCGUUGACGAUGCUCACCGUCGGCGCAUGGUAUUUGUACAAGACCAGGCAUAACAAAAUAAGGAAGGCGAAAUCUAUCGCCGAGGCUGUGUGA